GCCUCUCAUCUGGCCCCCCCCCCCCCCCUUCUUCUUUCUCAAUCUGUCAAACAAAGACAGCCCCCGAUGACCUUCGCUUGUUAUUUCACUUUCCAAUUUCAAUUUCGUCUCUGCUUUUCCCAGAUAUUCUCUCUCGAUUUCUAAUACGAUACUGGCAGCAUUCCAAAGUUAUUCGUGCGAGGUUCUGGCUCGAUGGACAGGAAGCCGACGGAUGUAUCUCGUUUCAUGCUUUUUGAAGCCACUGGGGAUUCCGAGGCCGACGGUGAUGCCAUCAUGGAUGACCAAUCCGACGGAGCCGAUGGUGACGACGACGACGACGACGCCGAAUCUUUCAGCUAUGAGGGAUCUGAGAGUCACAAUUGGGAUCUGGUUGAUCAACAGCUCAGAGGACAUACACCUUGCGUUGCCGAUGCUGAGUGUGAGCAUCCUGACGGGAAGAAAAAUGAUGAAGAAGAAGCCGAUGUACAUGGAACGUCGUACUGUGACGAUGAUGAGAUUCAGAAACACCAACACCGAUCAAGUUUGUCGGUGGACUCGGCGCAGCAGUUGAUGGACGAGAUGGAAAAGAACAGGCGAUUCUGGGAAGCUUGCUUGGCAUCUUGACUCUAUAUUCUUCUUUUCCUGAGCCUUUGAUCUUUAUACGAUCGGUCGUCUUCCUGUGUAAUCUAGGCUUUACCAGAAUUCUGUGUAAUUUUUCCCCGUGUGUUCAAAGAGAGAAUGGGGCGGUGGAUCAAUUAAGUAGCAUUUAAUUGUACAUAAUUGCUUAAAAUGAUGCGGCUGGCUGCUCACCUCUCGGAGAUUCGUAAUCGGGUAUCUUUCGAAAUGCAGAUAAUCACAUGCCGCCACCAGGCACCAACCACCCCAGCACGAAGGUUCACUCAAAAUAUGUGCAGUUCAUUAUUUGAUUUAUAGUAUUAAAUUCUUUUCAUUCGUGAGCAUGGGAAAGA